UUGUCACUAUCAGUAAAUAAUGGAGGUGUGGUUUGAAGGGUGAAGCCAGCCCCUUCUCAUGAGAACUAUUUAUACCUUUAAGAGAUCAAACUAAAACUCACUUGUUCCUCACCAUCACAACAUGUAUCUCCUCACUCUGGUCCUUGGGAUUGUGCUUCUCCCUGAAGCCAGUACCCUGAGAUGUUAUGACUGCCCACCACCGACUGGAACCUGCACUAAAACAGCAACAUGCCCUUUAGAAAAGAAUCGGUGUGCUGCACUAAGACUUGUGUCUUAUUUAGGUGCCUCAGAACUUCAGGAUGUCUCUGAAAAAUCAUGUGUUGAGCCUGAGUUGUGUGGGCAGCACUCACUCAAUACUGGACUCUCCAGAGACAUAUUAAAUGUCGAGUGUUGCCGCACUGACCUCUGCAACACACAACCUGCCCCAGAGGUCGUCCCAGACGGUCUAAAUGGCAGAAAGUGCUACUUUUGUGAUGGAAAAACAUGUAGCAAUACUGUAAACUGCCUGGGGAAUGAGUACUACUGCAUGAAAACAACAGUGUAUACAGAUGGCCAACAGCCAGUGACUAUGAAGGGCUGCGCCUCCACAGGUUUCUGCUCAACCACACCAACUACACAGAUGACACGAGCCACUAUUGGAGAAAUUAGCUGCUGUCAGGGCGACUACUGCAACAGUGCCAGCAGUACAAGUGCUGGGCUCAUGCUGCUGGUGGCACCACUGAUCUCUUUGGUUCUGAGCUGACGGAGAAAGAAGAAUCACUGCCCAGAUUUGCUUCACAUCACUGUGUAGACUCGUAGCACUUACUGCCUCACAUAUGACCUUAAGUGAUAUGUGACAAGUAGAAAGUUUAGUAACC